GCCCCAGUCCCAGACGAGAGAUUCAAUCAGUCAAGAGAAAAUACAGUUUUCAUAAUAUUUCAUUUUGACUAAUAUACGAUUUCAGUUGAUAGACAGUUACACUUGGCUUCCGUCUCAAUGGUAUAACCAUGAAAGACAUAGGAAACCCAGGAAAGGAGCCACCUGAAGACCAUUCCUCCAGGCGCCGUGAGGAUUGGCCUCGUGAGUCGGAGCCAAGGUUACAUUUCCCGCUUGUAACCCAACAGGACAUCUUCCCUGUGGCAGAUAGUCGGGUGACGCUCACGCCACACGAGCCCACCCGCUUCCCGACACUUCACGGAACAGUCUCGCUGACCUCCACCGCAGCCACGCUCCACCCAAGGCUUCAGGUGACAAAGUCCACCGCGCCUCAUGGAAGGUUGCCUCUGGCCAGGAACGGGGUGACUCAGAGGGAACUGCGAGCAGCAGUUGGGUCGAUGGGCCGGGCACCUGGAGGAGACCCUAGGAGCAUCGCGGCAGCUUGUCAGUCCGCACACAUGAUGCAGGCCGGCCCCUCUGGGAGUGGAUUGGACCUGACGGGCUCUGCAGGCCCGAGGCCACUCAGACCACUGCCUCCUGCAGACACGAGGCCCAGGGAGCCCAGCAGACCCACGCAGCCAAGAGCAAGCAGGCGCCGCAACAAAACAAUGCAGGGUGAGGCGGUCCAUGCAGAAGAGCCGUCCCGAGUUGUUCGCCUGGAACCAGUUCCACCACCACAGUCCCCGGCAGCACCUAGCGACAUCGGGAGGCGCCCAGGAAGACGCCGAGCAAAGCACAAUCAUGACUCUCCGGCUUAUACGUAUGUGUCAGCAAACACAAAUGAAUGUGUUUGCUUCGCUGCUGGUGACAGCAUUAGCACCAAUUGGAGUGAGUACCAGGAAAGGACCAGGCCACGGACGGCACCACGACUUCCUCCAUUUGAGCGAUCUCCACUGGCCCCGAGGCCACGUCUUCUACCCAGGAGGCCACAAAUGGAGGCCAGACGCCUCAGUAGCAUUGUUGACCAAUCCACCACACUCCCUCCACUGAGCCAGAAUGCAUCUAUGGUCUGUAACAUCAGUGAUCAACAGCAGAUGAGGGAGCUCCAGCAGGCAACCAGCGUGCCUCACAGCACAGCCUGGGAUCACGAGCCGCCACGCAUGAUCCUGUCCGCCUUGAGAGAGACGCAGCAGCAAGCAUCCGUCAGCCUCCACGGCCGCGGGAGUAACGUAGCCGCUUCCUCUAGGACCCAAAGGGACCCUGGGUAUGAGCAGGACGUGCACAGUGUCAUCCCCGAGCACGCAGUUCCACUGGAGACUUUGCAAAGCGACGCCAGAGAACGCAGAUGCACGUGCAGACCGCCGCACAGGCACCGGAGACGCCUCACGCUCGCGUUGCCGAUGGCCCGCACCUUCCGUCUCAGAACCCGCAAGCCCAUGUCCACUCACAGAGUGGUCCUUGGAUGAGCGCCGCGGCGCUGUGUGUCUGCGGGGACUUGGACUCAGACAGUCAGUCAGAGGAGGAUCCAUUUGUCAACUUCCAGUUCCCAAUUUACUCACCAUCAGUUGGACACACGGGUACACAUGAUGCUACUAAUAUCAGCACAACAAUUAGAAGGAUCCAAGCAUAACAGAAGGGAUGGCAUUUGAUUUUCCACCAUAUCAACAUCAGAGGCCACAAACUCCAUCGAUACAACAAGGCAUGAAUCUGCAUUCUAGGAGUACACUGGUCCUCUAGGUUUGGCCAGAGGAUGAUAGAAAUGGAGCUGUGUGUCGGCGGGGAUUUGGAUGUAGACAGGUAAGGCCUACUCAACAAACACCCAUAUCACUACAAAUCAAUGCUUAGUGUCAGAAACACAGUAGACUGCUUUUAGUAAUCUGCUUCUCUUUCACAGUCGAGGGGUCCAUCUCUCUACUUCCGGUCCCCAACUACUCAACAUCAACUGGACACACAGGCAAACUUGGUCGCUACUUUGACCAGCGCAAUGAUUUGAAGGACCCUGCAUAAGAAGACAAGAGCUGAGGGGUCUAUUUGUCUACUUCCAGUCCCCAGUUACUCAACAUCAACUGGACACACAGGCAAGCUUUGUGCUACUCACAGUUCACCAGCGCAAUGAUAUGAAGGACCCACCCUGCGUAUCAGGGAAAAAAGAGGUGGCACAUUUUGGCUUUCUCAUCAGAAGCUACAUCACCUAUGGCACCUAUGUGCCCACCACCCCUCCAGGAUAACAACAGAAGGAAAUGUGUGUCAGUGGGGACUUGGGUUUGGACAGUUGAGGGACCCAUCUGUCUACUCCCAGUCCCCAUGAACUCACCAUCAACUGGACACACAGGCACACCCAACACCACAAAAUAUCAGGGCAUAGAGAAGAAGGAUUCCAGCAUGGAAUCAGAAGAGCUGGAACUUUUUGCCUAUUACUUAAACCACAUCAGGACCGAACACAUCAAUCAUACAUAACAGGUCUCUGUAAGUGAGGACUGAGAACCCACCCCCUGGCUAAAAGUCCAGCAGGUGAAAAGGAAUGGAAUUGUGUGUCAGUGGGGAGUUGGAUUAAGACAGCCUAUAGCUUCCAUCUGUCUGUUUACACUCCCCAUUCAAUCAACAUCAACUGGACACACAUGAGAAUAGUCUCAAAGAUAAGGAUCUAAAUAAGGAAGAACUUAAGAAGACAUCUCUUUCAGACAGGAUUUGAGAUGGUAUAUGCAAAGUUGACACAGCUAUAUUUUUUACUCAAACUUCAACCCAAUUUUUGACUCAAGCAUGACUCUCAGAUCUUAUUGCUGUAAACUGUCACCCAUCAUGAAGCUUUUCACGGCCUUCCUCCCUGUUUUACCCUGCCUUUAUUGAUCUCCCUAACUUUCACACAUUCUGCAAUAAAAUAAACAUUUUAAAGUUU